AUGAUAGAAGAUUUCAUAUCAUAUAAUGACUUAUUAAAAAUAAUAGGAGUUAUUAUUGUUUGUGUUGUUAUGUACUUUAUUAAUGGAUUUAACAAAAAUCUUGCACGAAAAUUAGCUAAUAAAAUACAAAUUGGAAAUACAAAAUUUAAAAUUGGAAUUAUAGGAGAUAUAAUUGGAUAUGAAAAUAAUGCAAAAGUUGUCAUUGAAAAAGCUUUAAAUACUUUUGUUAGGAUUGGUGGAAAUGUUCUUCAAACAAAUGUUAUUGUAAAAACUCCUUCAAAACGUGGAAUUCUUGAUGUUGUUAGACCAAUUGCAGAACAAUUUAAUAUACAUAUGGUUGGUAUUCAUUUUAUUCCAGAAGUUAUUGAUACUAGAAAGAAACGAGAAAUUCUGGAUGAUGAAAUUGAUGUUCCUAAUUGGAAAAAAAAUGGUGAUGAAUCUUCUACUUUCUUAAAGAAUGUUGACCAAUUAAUUUUAUUAGUUGGUAAAACAAAUGAUGAAGUUUCUAUGAAAGAAUUCGAUACUUUCAAAGGAGCUAAGGUAAGAUAUGAUCUUUGUUCCCCUAAUUUCACUCAACCUACUCGAUGUGAAAAUAUAAACUAA